UAAUCACGUGACCCGAUGCCAUUGUGAGAGCAGACCUAGAUACCUGUUAUUGUAUAUAAAGUUGUGUAAAUACUGUAUAUGAUGAGCACAGCGGUGAGCGCAUCCCGUGCUAGCAAUAGGCCCAGUAAGGACAAAAAUGCAAAAGCUGCAUCACGGCCGCAAGUGAAGACAGAUGAAUCCUCUUCAAAGAUGCACCAGGCAACACCAGAACAGCUGCGAAUAGCACAGAUCUCACAGAUCAGCGAGGAUGAAACUAUAUUCAGACAGAAAGUACAACAAAUAAUUGAUUUGACAGGCAAAGCCCAAGUUGAAUGUGAAAUAGCAUUACAUGAUUGCCAACAAGAUACUGAAGGAGCAAUUAACAUGCUCUUAGAGGGAGAAAAUUAUCAGGGUGAGUGGAGAGAGACAGGUGGAAAGAAAAAGAAAAGAGCAAAUCCUUCAAAUAAGACAGAACCACCACAGAAUAAUGUUGAUGAAAAGCCUGACAAAACUGAACAGAACUUUGAACCACGUGAGAGGCCAGACAGAAGUGGGGACAACAGACCAGAAAGCAGUUCCCGCAGAGGUCGACGAUUUGACAGUCGUCCACCAAGAUUGGCUCGUGGGCGAGGAAGGGAGAGAGGGGAUGGUGGAUUCAGAGGAAACAGAGAAAAUACCAAUGAUCAUGACAAUAAGGAGAAUGGUUUUGGGACCUUUGAUAAGGAUCGAGAUACAGAUAAUCGAGGUCGAGGCAGAGGAAGAGGGAGGGGAGGGCCUCGAAGAGGAGGAAGAGGAAGUUUUAACAGGAAUCCUAGGUUUGACAAAGGGCCUCAAAUAGAUACAUGGACAAAUGAAACGGCAGCCAAUGCAGAGAAAGAAAAUGCAGCAAGUCACUGGGAGUCUAUGGAAGAUUGGAAUGAUGAUACAUGGACUGGAAGUUUAUCAGAAACUAAAGUCUUCACAGCAACAACCACACAGGAAGAUCAGAUAUCUGAGAAUACAACACCAAUGGCUGAUACAACAAAUACUCUUGGACAGAGGUUAGAUCUGGGUGCUCUUUUACAAAAGCCAACCAGUGAACCGCCAGAAUCUGCUUACAUUACACAAUACAACCAGCAGGCCACAGAAAGUAUAAAAAAUUCUAUAGGGAUUGGAUCAUCACCACGACAAAAUCUGACCAAUCAGCUGGGUGGCUCAGCAUUGACAAAUCACAUGCAAUCUGGAUCCUUGUCCAGCCAGCUGCCAUCUUCAUCACUAUCCAAUCAGCUUUCGGUUUCGCAACAGUCCUCGUCUGAUGCCAUUAAUGCAUUGGUGUCGUCAUUUGGUCAGAAUCAAACCUCUUACAGUCAGAGCCCUGCAGGAUUCAGCCAGAGUGUAGCGGCUUAUAGUCAGAGUCCACCGGGGUAUAGUCAGACAGCUACAGGAUUUAGUCAAGGUCAGGCGACAUACAGUCAGAGUCCAUCAUCUGUUUACAGUCAGAACCAAUCAUCAGCCUACAGUCAGAGUCAGUCAUCCGGCUUCAGUCAGAACACAGGAUCUGUAUACAGUUCGAGCCUAGAACAAAAUAGUGGUGGACAAGUGGAUCCAGUUCCCUCUUCUCAGUCAGGGUUGCAACAGCGACCGAAGUCCCAAAGAACAAAACUACCACCACCAUCUAAGAUUCCAGCUUCAGCAGUAGAAAUGCCUGGACACAUGACAACAAGAUUGGAUGUUCAAUUUGGGACUUGGGAAUUUGGAUCUGAUAAUGCUUCACCUUUUAGUUUUGGUGGAGAGUCUUCUGUUACAAGUAAUAUGAGCAGUUCUGAUGCUUGUAGUACAACUCAAACAAUAAGUGGUCACCUGCCCCCUCAGCAGGUGAGUAGUAAACCAAGCGAGUCUGUGAUCUCCUCCUCCAUAAUGACCACACCACCUGCUAACAGUACCUCUGCUAUGUCAGGGGGUGACCAGACCUCUCCUAGGACAAACAUUUUCCAAGCCUCUCCCUACACCACCCCUACCAAGAAGGACUCUGCAUCACGUAGUCAGAACAAGAUGAGUCCACCAGAGCCUAUACCGUUCCCUCCAUCUCAGUCUGACCGGAAAUCCAGUCCAAUGAUCAACUCUCAGCAUCCAGGAUCCUCCAGCUCCCUAACUUCAGGACCAUUGGCAACAUCCAAGCCAGAUUCCAGUAACUUAAGUUCUUACAGUCCAUCUACGCAGGGUUAUGCAUCAACAACAUAUCCAUCGCAAAAGACAGGACUAUCAACUAAUUCUGGUCGAUCUAGUGCCACAGGGCUUUCAAGUAGUGCUGGACUGUCUAAUGCAGCAGGUCUUUCAAAUUCAACAGGAAUUACAAAUAAUUCUGGUCUUUCAAAUUCAGCUGGACUUUCUAGUGCGUCAGGAUUCUCACAUUCAUCCUCAUCACAGCCAGGCUCUUAUCAGAACCAGUAUCAGACUGGCUCAAACCAGUAUCAAACUAGUCAGAACCAGUUCCCUAGUGGGCAGACUCAGUACCAAAGUGGACAAAAUCAGUAUCAAUCUGGCCAGAAUCAGUUCCAUAGUGGUCAGACUCAAUUCCAGAAUUAUGGACAGUCGGCUGGGUCAUCAUUCCAGAAUGCUAGUUCGUACUCGAGUGGAAGUGGCUCCUACAGUGGAUCAAGUCAGCAAAAUCAAGGCAAUCUGUAUCAGUCAUCAGCCACAAACUCGUAUCAAUCUCACUCCAAUCAAAAUUCACUUUAUCAUCAAGGUAACUCAUCACAGACUACGUCAUAUCAACCACAGACAAACUCAUCCUCUUUUCAUGGUGCCCGGGACUCACAAGCUGGAUCUUACCCAACAAGUGUUAGUAGAGACUCACAAUCGGCUUCAUUUCAGGCCAGCGUGAGCCAGUCAGGGUCAUAUCCAGCUAGUGGGAGUAGGGACUCGCAGACCGGCACAUCAUUCCAGGCUUCUGUAACACAGUCUAGUGCUACUUCUUACCAAAGAGACAGUCAGUCGGCUCUGUCAACACCUGCCACACAGACACAAUCGGUGUACACUACCUCUCAGGGGUAUGGUGCAUCACCACACCAAAACAGCUUGCCAUCAAACUUGCAAACAUCACCACUCUCUGGAGUGUCUGCCAACAAGAUCAGUGAAACUUUGUCUAAGAUGACUGUGAAAGACUCGCCUUUGGAUACUAGGCAAUCACCCCAGUAUGAUAGUUCUACAUCUACAACAACGAGUAACUUAACAACUACAACAAUAACAACAUCUCUGGCAACAGGAACAACUACUCCAUUAUCUGUUGCAUCUACCAGUGCAUUAACAACUACAGUUGGUUCAACCAAAGUCAUGACUGCUCCCUCAACAAGCACCACAAAGAACACUCCAAGUUUGCCUCCAGGUGUAUUGGUAGGUCACCAGUACAUCAUGGGACAGGGAACUAUGCCACAAUACUUUGGACUGCAACAGCCGCUUUAUGCUAGUUACACAGACGAGAUUCAGCUUCAGCUCCAACAGAGAUUACCCCCAACCCUGGCAAAUUAUAACUAUGAUAUGACAGGAUUUGGUGUCCCAACAACCAUGACUGGACGUGAACAGACCACACUAGCAAAUGUGCCAUACUCUGCAGCAGACAACAAGAUUGGUCGAGUGGAUGCCCAGUCUCCCAUUCCUGCUUCUCAGCAACAGUCAACACAGUCUGCUCAUCAACAGCAACAUUUCAUCAAUGUCCCAUAUGGCUAUUACUACCCAUCAGUCUUACCUUCAGGAUUCCAGUACCCUGCCCAAAUGUUUCCGGUGCCACCAGUAACAAAUACAGCCCAUGCUGGAACAACAGCUAACACCCAAUACCAGAAAACUUAUGGUGCAUCACAUGCUUAUGCCAGCAAUAAAGGUGGAUAUGAAGAUCUGACACAGGGAACAGAUUUUAGCAAAUCAUCAUAUGGAAACCCACCACAGAACAAAGUUUCAGGAGUAUCAGGAUCUGUUGCAUCUGUGCCAGGAGCUGCUGAUAUGCCUGGAUCAGGCUAUGGCAAGUCCCAUACACAGAUGAUACUUCUUACUGAUAAAGUAAAGAAAUAUCCACAUCGGAGCAGUAGUGAAGCAUUUGACAAACAAGGAUUCCAUGCAGGAACACCACCCCCAUUCAAUCUGCCCCUGGCGACAGGAACACAGGCUGGACCACUAGGGGCCCCCACAACUCCCUAUGGUGCUGCCCCAUUCAUGAAUGUACCAAUGAUGCCCCCACAUAACCAGAUGCUCCAUCCUAACAUGCAGCAGCAGGAUUCCACAACUGGGUCAACACGAGGCUCCCAUGUACAUAGCCAACAAAACAGCACCCAGGCAAAGGCUGGAGGUGCCAAGGCAUACGGGAAUACAAACUGGAACUACUAGACAGCUGCUGGAAGCAGGAUCCUGAGUUUCCAGUUAUAACAGGCAGACUGCUGUCACAAUGGAAUAGGGAGGCCACCACUGCUGGUGAUAAUGAUUAAUGAUGGUUACCAAAUCUUGUGUUUGUUUGUAGCGAGAAGUUUUGAAUCUUGUGUAUCUUUCUAGUGUUGGUAUAUUUUAAACAUUGAUACUAGAAUCCCAGUUUAUGAAAUGCUGUUCUGCGGUUGUACAUGGCUUUUGAGAUGUGUGUGUGUUUGUGUCAGCGUUGUAGAUUAACCUAUGUCUCUCUAAAUCAUUCUGAGCCAAGCCUUAAGAAUGUGCAAGGCAAUCAUCUAACGCUUCUCUCCUAGGGGUUGUAUAAUGUGUUAUUAAUACAUAUAAAUAUAUGGUGGGGCUUGUCUUUAAGAUCAAUCACUCUUAUAAAGUGUUUAAAAAAAAAAAAAAAAAAACGGAAAAAAUGGUUUCCCUUUGGAAACGGAUACAAUGUUAAUAGGAAUUUCGUAACAUAAAUUCCUCGCUAUAGAUUCCUUAAAAGGGAUUUAAGUUGAAACUAUAAGUCAAAGAUGGUGCCUUACCAAGCGAUAACAGAAGGCUCACCUAAAGGUGAUGCAUUACAAGUUCGUAGUGAACCUGGUGGACCCUAACCAAAGUCGUUCGAUAUAAAGGAUCACGUUUAAGUAGGUCCAGGUUAUUAAGUCUAUUUUCCUUCUUUAUCCAUUUCAUAUUUUUCCAAAUCAUGUUUUAUUCAGAUGUAAAUAACCCAUUGAAAGCAUUAUGUUUAAUAGCUUAAUGAAAAUAUGUAUAUAUGAUAUAUGAAUUUGGACAGGGUCCAUCAGCUUCGCUGAACUAGACAGUUGAAAUAUCAAAAAGGAACUAGGAAAGGUAUCAAAGGGUCACGUCAAGGUUUAGUUUUGUGUAUCACCUUAAUUUGAUUUAUUUAAAUGUGUGCUCACAAAAAAAAAUGUUUUUCAUUAUUAAUAUUAUGAUCAUUGUAUCCUUUUUGACUUACCUGUGUUGACUAUAUUAUUAUGAUAAUUUGUAGUAGAUGUGCAUGUGUACAAAUUCAUUGAACAUUAGUCAAAGAAAUUCCAGAUUUUUUUUGUCCUGGUGAAUAGAAUAUUGUAGAGUUUCUGAAGAUUUUGUAUUGUAAAUAUAUAAAUAUAUAUAUCUUUAUCAUCCAGUAUGUUCAGAGGAAUUUGCCUUUUUUUUUUUUUAAACUGGAGCCAUUAAGUAACUUACAUUUCCUAUUGUGCUCAUAAUAAUAAAAAAAAAACUGAAUGAAAUACUGA